UUCUUCUUAGAAUAUACAAAAUUAGAACACAAUGAGAAAUUUUCAGAAUGGGCCUCCUUCACCAAACCCACUAUGAACUCUCUCUUAUCUUUAUCUUUAUGUGUAUUACUCAUUUGUAAAUGGAUCUGAUAAUCCGUUGACAGUUCUAGCAUACAGCAGCAGACGUGAAAGAAUUUAUUUUAUUUCAUCUUCAUUUUUUUUUUUUCCUUUUUUUUCUCCCGCCAGAUCUUGACUCCCUCAGAUAGUCAUUUGAAUAAUGUUUUUUAAAAUAUUCCCAUAGAUCCCCCAAAUUUUGGAAUCAGCCGUACAUUACGACAAGAAUAUUGUCGUAUUUAUUUUCUGAAACCCACAUAAUAGUGCCGUGCCCGCUUCUCUCUCUGUUUUCUAUGAAGUCAUGCCUGCAGCCUGAGCAAGAUUUGGGAUGAAGGGUCAAUGCAUAUGUAUUUAUAUGAAGGGCAAUUGGGUACUUUCAUGUUACCAAUAUAUCUGAUUAUGGUUUAUCUUUUGUCAUUAUCCCUAUAAUCUAUGGAGAUUUUUUUUUUUUUUUUUUGGGACGAAAUAAUCUAUGGAGAUUUUAGAAAAGGAAAUUUGCUACUAUUUAAGAGAGACGCGCUGGUCUUUGGUCAGGUUUUAAGAUUUCAAUUUGCAUCUCUGUCCGCCUGGUUGACACUACUGGGUGUGAAGGGUGCAGCCCCAAUUUCCCAUUUCAGUAAUAUUAUACCCUACAAUGGCUUCCAAGUCAGUUUUAAUCGUUGCUCUUCUGUUCUUUGUUCCCAUUCUCUGCCUUCAAGGCACUUAUGCUUACCGUAUAGUACGUGAUGCUCACCGUAUAAGACGUGAUGUCUCUGCUUCUGCCUCUGCCUCUGCCCCUGCUUCAGUUUUAAUCGUUGCUCUUCUGUUCUGUGUUCCCAUUCUCUGCCUUCAAAGCAUUUAUGCUUACCGUAUAGGACGUGAUGCCUCUGCUUCUGCCUCUGCCUCUGCCUCUGCCUCUGCCUCUGCCUCUGCCUCUUGCGCAAUUGGUGGCUUCGGAAAUGGAAAUUGGGACAGCCAUGGCGAUGAUGAAGAACGUACGGCUGCCCCAAGGAAGAAGAGAUGCGAGUGGAAAAAAUCACUUGGAGAAAAGUUUAUGCUGGCAAUCACACAGAUUGGCUUGGGCAACGCUACCCCAAAGAGAAUUAUCGAGUUCAUGAAUGAGCCAGACUUAACAACAAAAAAUGUGGCUAGUCAUUUGCAGAAGUAUCGUAUAUUCUUGAAGGGGAAGGAAGCUGCGGCGGGGGACGAAGACAAGCUUGAGAGGUUGAGCAGGUCAAGCUUCGCACGUGGCCACCCAGAACUACUCUUCAACAAUAACGAACGAGACCAACCUCACUCACAGCUCCUGAACCAACCGCAAAUGAAAACAUCAAUUGGCUCUACAUUUCAAGUUCAACCAUCAGCUGGAAUUGGAAGCACCCCGCCUCUUACUGCUGUUGCUUCCAACAGCCACGGCUCCAUCCACGCUCCACUUAUUCGUUCGGGGCAGUCGAGCCUAUUGAACAAUAAUCUAGCUAACUUUCCGCGCCAGCAACGAACGCUUGGUAAUCGUAAUGGGGAUCAGCUGUUUAUUCAAGAAAACCGCCCGGCAGCUUUUGAAAUGCAACAACUGAGUAAUAAUUUUGAAAAUGGAGGUAUGUCUUUUGACCCAAUGAAUAAUGUGGGACUUACCAACAAUAAUAUUGGGAAAAAUAAUCUGAUGCAAGUAUACCCACUACAAAGCCAGCCAGGGACCAAUAACCCAUUCAGCUACAACCUUGCUACAUCAGUAAAUCAGAACGGUUCGAAUUUAACUCCAAUGUCUUCGAGCUUUCAUAACUUGUGGUCUCAUUUUAACGAUGUAAAUCAAUGCGAAGUUGAUUGGCAGUCGUUGUGUUCUGCUGGUUUUGAGACUGGUGCUAGUUCUGCAUACCAGUUCCCUCCAAAUUUGCCUGACAACAAAGGUGAUCUUGAUCCGCAACAAAAUGUUCCAGUGUUGCCACCCCCAGAAGGGAAUUUUAAUGACCAAUGUGGUCUGCUAAAUAUCAAUGUUGGAGGAGGAAAUGUUGAAAAUUCCAAUAGGUAUCUUCAUGAUAUCUACAUGAAGCCCGAUUCUCUUUUCACGGAUGAGCAGGACAACUGUCAACCUCCUUCUCAGAUGGAGGUCACGAUCAACUUCCUUAUCAAGUUGAAGUGCAGGACCCUGCUGCGAACCAAGUACAGGAGAAGGAAGCUGCGGCGAGGGACGAAGACAAGCUUGAGAGGUUGAGCAGGUCAAGCUUCGCAUGUGGCCACCCAGAACUAG